AUGGCAACUAGCGAAGAGCUCGCUUGGUCUCGAAUUGAGACGAUGAAUACUCCACCACAAGGCCGUAGCGGACACAGUGCUGUCGUUUAUGGAAAGUGCAUGUACAUCUUUGGUGGUUUAGGCGAAUUUCGCUUUAAUGAUUUAUUUAAAUUUGAUUUUGAAUCAUGCACAUGGACACAAAUUCUACCGAUCGAUGAAUCUAAAGUACCCUCGAAACGAUGUAAACAUAGUGCUUGCAUCUAUCAAGACAUGAUGUAUAUUUUCGGUGGUUGGGACUCUUCAGGUAAACUAAAUGAUAUGUAUCGAUAUCGAUUCGAUCGUAACGAAUGGGAGCAAGUGCAGUGUGCCAAUCCACCCAGUGCUCGUAGCGCACAUUCGGUAGCUAUUUAUCAAAAUUAUAUGUAUCUGUUCGGUGGAAUUGGCGAUAACAAGUUUAAUGAUAUGUAUCGCUAUUCAUUCAAAACCAAUCAAUGGACCAUGGUGAAUCAACGUCGUCCGCCACCACGGCGAAGUUCAUAUGGCGGCGCUCAUGUUUACAACGAUCGUUUGUAUGUUGUUUGUGGCUUAGGCUGUGGAAAGUUUAAUGACUGUCAUUCAUUUGAUUUCCGAACAUCGGAAUGGGCCGAAGAAAAAUAUAGUGAUGAUUCACGAGUUAUUCCAGCAAAACGCGGUCGGCAUACCUGCGUUUUAGCAGGCCAAAAUCUUUACAUGUUCGGUGGUUAUGUCGGAAUACAAAGAAGUAACGAACUAUUCGUUCUUAAUCUUCAAGCUAAUCAAUGGAAACAAUUAAAACUCAAGCCUAAUGUUCCUGCACCACGUGAAGGACAUAGUGCUGUUUUGUGCGAUGGGAAAAUGUGGAUAUUUGGUGGUUGGCAUGACAACGGAUGGUACAACGAUGUGCAUACGCUCGGACCUCUCUGA